CUUCUUUCCCUGGAACUUCCACCGUUAUAAUUUCAUUUUAGAAGGGAACAUUCUGGAGAGCUCUGGAGCUUUUUCAGAAAAGAAAUUCUGGAGAAGCCUUUGUUGUGACAGUGAAGAGUCUGUUUCACCUCAAGAAAAAAUAAGUGAUUCAGCUGCCGAAGACCCCGUUGUGUCUGGCCAAACACAGAGGAAGAAUGAAUUCUGCCAUUAAAACCUUAUUUCAGCACCAGCACGGAUUUAUUGUUUCAAAGAUCAUGUUUACUGCCUCUGAGUUGGGUGUAUUUGAUUUGCUGAAGUCAGAGAAACUCCUGACUGCAGGAACUAUUGCUGAACGUCUGGGCACCAGCCCCACUGGAAUGGAGAGGCUGCUGGAUGCUUGUGUGGGGUUCAAGUUCCUGAGAGUGGAGAGGAAGGAGAAGGAAGGACUUUAUGGAAACACAGACCUCGCUGAUAUGUGCCUUGCUAAAACAAGCCCGAAGUCUCAGUAUAAUUACAUGAAGUUCUGCUCUGAAUUUGUCUAUCCGAGUAUGCAGUACCUUCCUGAUGCUGUGAGGGAAGGAAAAAACCAGAGUGAAUCAAUACAUGGCAUUUCAUCAAAUAAUGUAUUUGAUGCCAUUUACAGGUCAGAGGAAGGGUCGCAAAAAUUCAUUGAUGGCCUGGCUGAAAGUUGGAGUCUGUAUGGUAAAGAAGUAUUGUCUGCAUUUGAUCUUUCUAAUUUCCCACUCAUUUGUGAUGUGGGAGGAGCUGUUGGUGCCUUGGCUAAGGAAUGCAUUUCCUUGUAUCCCAAAUCUACUGUGACAAUUUUUGACCUACCUGAAGUAGUAGAAAGAGCAAAGAAGCAUGUUGUGUUCUCACAAGAAUACCAGAUUACUUUCCAAGAAGGGGAUUUUUUUAAAGAUCCAGUUCCUGAAGCUGACCUAUAUCUUUUGGCUCGGGUCCUGCAUGACUGGGAUGAUGAGAAGUGUGUGCAGCUGCUAACUAAACUGUACAAGGCCUGCAAACCUGGUGGUGGAGUGUUAGUCUCAGAAAUGGUUCUCGAUGAAGAUAGAACUGGGCCUUUAGCAGCCAACCUACACUCCAUAUUGAUGCUGCUCCAUACAGAAGGAAAAGAACGGACCGCAUCAGAGUACAAUGGGCUCCUCAGUGCCGCUGGCUUCAAGGACAUUCAAGUAAAGAAAGGAAGCCUCUUUGAUGCCAUUUUAGGAAGAAAAUAAUGUUGCCCCUACUUCAAGGCUAGACAGACUUCAAUGU